AGUUCCCGGAUUUCCCCUGGCCACCGAGUGGAGCAGUGAGGUUGGGCGAUAAACAGGCUGUGGCUGGGGAGGAGGGGCGGGGGCAUUUGUUCCUCUGGGACUUUUCACGCCCCCUAUUUCGUUAGGUGUGGUUAGGUUCGGACGCGGGGUCCUGGCGGCGGGCUGGAGCCUACCUCUUUGUGAAAGGGGAAAGUAGCUCCCUCGGAGCACUGGUGAAGUUGCGGAGCGGGUGCGAGACGGCGGUUUUCCCCUAUGCCAGCCAAAUGGUGCGGCCCUGAGCUGUUUCAGGACCCAGCCCGACGUGUCUGAGAGAGGCCCCGGAGGGGGCAGGGAGGUGGCCCGCAGAACGCGGGUUCUGUGAAGAGACGUGGAGAAAAUUCGACUCGGAGAAGAGGAAGAGCCCGAUUGAAAGGGAGCGAGGCCGCUGAGGGGGAGGGGGCUGCCAAGAUGGCGUCGGCCUCCUCAGGGCCGUCGUCGGUCGGGUUUUCAUCCGCGGAUCCCGGCGUCCCUUCCUGCGCCUCGUCCUCAGCAUCUGGAAUCAAGAGACCCAUGGCAUCUGAGGUGCCAUAUGCCUCUGGCAUGCCCAUGAAGAAAAUAGGCCACCGAGGUGUUGAUUCCUCAGGAGAGACGACAUAUAAAAAGACAACCUCAUCUGCCUUGAAAGGUGCCAUCCAGUUAGGCAUUACUCACACUGUGGGAAGCCUGAGUACCAAACCAGAGCGUGAUGUCCUCAUGCAAGACUUCUAUGUGGUGGAGAGUAUCUUCUUUCCCAGUGAAGGGAGCAACUUGACUCCUGCUCAUCACUACAAUGACUUUCGCUUCAAAACCUAUGCACCUGUUGCCUUCCGUUACUUUCGGGAGUUAUUUGGUAUCCGGCCUGAUGAUUACUUGUACUCCCUCUGCAGUGAGCCACUGAUUGAACUCUGCAGCUCUGGGGCCAGUGGUUCCCUCUUCUAUGUGUCCAGUGACGAUGAAUUCAUCAUUAAAACGGUCCAGCAUAAAGAGGCGGAGUUUCUGCAGAAGCUGCUUCCAGGAUACUACAUGAACCUCAACCAGAACCCUCGCACUUUGCUGCCUAAAUUCUAUGGACUGUACUGUGUGCAGGCAGGUGGUAAGAACAUUCGAAUUGUGGUGAUGAACAAUCUCUUACCACGGUCAGUCAAGAUGCACAUCAAAUAUGACCUCAAGGGCUCAACCUACAAACGGCGGGCUUCCCAAAAAGAGCGAGAGAAGCCUCUACCCACCUUUAAAGACCUGGACUUCUUACAAGACAUUCCAGAUGGUCUUUUUUUGGAUGCUGAUAUGUACAAUGCUCUAUGUAAGACCUUACAGCGUGACUGUUUGGUGCUGCAGAGCUUCAAGAUAAUGGACUAUAGCCUCUUGAUGUCAAUCCAUAACAUAGAUCAUGCCCAACGAGAGCCCUUAGGCAAUGAAACACAGUAUUCAGUUGAUACUCGCAGACCAGCCCCCCAAAAGGCUCUCUAUUCCACAGCUAUGGAAUCUAUCCAGGGCGAGGCUCGGCGAGGUGGCACCAUGGAGACUGAUGACCAUAUGGGUGGCAUCCCGGCCCGCAAUAGUAAAGGGGAAAGGCUGCUGCUUUAUAUUGGGAUCAUUGACAUUCUUCAGUCUUACAGGUUUGUUAAGAAGUUGGAGCACUCUUGGAAAGCUCUGGUACAUGAUGGGGACACCGUAUCGGUGCAUCGGCCAGGCUUCUAUGCUGAACGGUUCCAACGCUUCAUGUGCAACACAGUGUUCAAGAAGAUACCCUUGAAGCCCUCUCCUUCCAAAAAGUUUCGGUCUGGCUCAUCUUUCUCUCGGCGAGCAGGCCCCAGCGGCAACUCCUGCAUUACUUACCAGACAUCGGUCUCUGGGGAGCACAAGGCACAAGUGACAACAAAGGCGGAAGUGGAGCCAGGCGUCCACUUCGGUCGUCCUGAUGUUUUACCUCAGACUCCACCUUUGGAGAAAAUCAGUGAGGUCACGACUAUUCCUGACCCCUAUUUCUCACCUGUAGUUGGAGAGACUUUACAAAUGCAAACUACAAGUUCAAUCCUCUUGGAAAAGCCUGAAGUUGCAGAGUCAGAGUUCACCCAUGUGAGUGUCUGGGAUGUGGGGGAGGUAAAUGCUUUGAAGGGUAUAAAGAUGAUCACUGAUGGAGUGGAACAAGGAGUUAAUUGGCAAGGUUAGAGGGACUGGGUGCCCCCCUAAAUCUUGCCUUUUUAAAUUUUGUGGUUUGGGAACCUUGUACUUGCAAGCAGAGACUGAAAUAGAAGAAGACUUCUUAACUCUUCUAAUCAGGUUGAAAUUAACUUGAAUUCCAUUCCUGGCUCCUCAUCUCAUACUCCACAUCCUUAAUUUUACACUCUUUCCCUUUCCAGUGAGCAAAAAAAUUCAGAAGACUUAGAACAAGAUUCUACCAGCUUGGCGAUCCCAAGAUGCCAGCCCUUGCCCCAGCAAUGCUGAGUUUUCUUCUUCGUGGUCAUCACAGAAGAAGCAUAUUGGAGGCUAGGGGGGGCUG